GAACGCUCUUGUUCCUGUCUUUCUCUCCGCCCACAUUCAAUUCAAUUCCCCAUCGCGCAGCCAUGGCCGCCAAGUGCUACCCAACAGUCACCGAUGAGUACCAGACGGCCGUCGCCAAGGCCAAGCGCAAGCUCCGCGGCCUCAUCGCCGAGAAGAACUGCGCCCCUCUCAUGCUGCGCCUCGCGUGGCACUCGGCGGGGACCUUCGACGUCGCCACCAAGACCGGCGGCCCCUUCGGAACCAUCAAGUGCCCCGCGGAGCUCGCGCACGGCGCCAACGCGGGCCUCGACAUCGCCGUCAGGCUACUCGAGCCCAUCAAGGACCAAUUCCCCAUCCUCUCCUACGCCGACUUCUACCAGCUCGCUGGAGUCGUGGCCGUCGAGGUGACCGGCGGACCUGAGGUUCCAUUCCACCCGGGCAGACAGGACAAGCCUGAGCCUCCUCCAGAAGGCCGCCUUCCUGAUGCCACCCAAGGCUCUGACCACCUCAGGCAGGUAUUUUCCACUCAGAUGGGUUUGAGCGACCAGGACAUUGUUGCGCUUUCUGGUGGUCACACCCUGGGAAGGUGCCACAAGGAAAGAUCUGGCUUUGAGGGAGCGUGGACUGCCAACCCUUUGAUCUUUGACAACUCGUACUUCAAGGAGCUCCUGAGUGGCGAGAAGGAAGGCCUUCUUCAGUUGCCGACUGACAAAACCCUCCUGUCCGACCCGGCCUUCCGCCCACUCGUGGAUAAAUAUGCUGCGGAUGAGGAUGCUUUCUUUGCUGACUAUGCUGAGGCACACCUGAAGCUCUCUGAGUUGGGACCCCCUUGUUGAUUGUUUCCAGAUUUGGCGGGUACUUCGAAGGUUGUUGCUGAUUCUGGUUUGGUGCAUGAAGUUGGUAUGAAGGCGAAGAAGAAGAAUAAAAUUGUGGGCCUGAGGCCAUGUGAUGUGUUGUUUGGAUUUGGUUAGAUGGACGUUGGAAUUCCAUUGUGUUGCUUGCUUGACAUCUAUGAGCAUAUUGUUGGAGGGACGAUGGAAAUGUUAUGUAACUUACCUGUUCCCUCCGUCUAAGAUGAACCGGAAAUUUGUUUACCCUCUGUCGGCUGGGUUCAUUUCUGGAACCAAAUUUCACUGUUUUAAUUAUUUUGUCUUGGUGUCA